UAGCACACAGGUUAAGCCUCUCGCUGCAAGUAGACUGUGCUGCCCUUUGUCUCACUAUGGACCAGCCAUAUUUAUUGUUUUGUAUACUGUUGGAAGUCCUGGCUGUAAACUGUCAGAAUGUUGGAGAGGAACGAAUAGUGGGAGGAUAUGCACCGGUUCCACAUUCCAUCAAGUACAUUGUGUCGAUACAGACAUUGGAACGAAAGCACUUCUGUGGGGGUUUCUUGAUUAAUAAGCACUGGGUAGUCACAGCAGCACACUGUAACAUCGGGGUGAAAAACAUGAUGAUUGUUGGAGGAGACUACUCUCUUUCUAUAUAUGAGGGCACAGAGCAAGAAAUCCUUCCCCACAUUUUGGUGCCACAUCCUUCAUACAACAAAAUCACAAACAACUGUGAUAUUAUGCUUAUUAAGCUGAGGGCUCCAUUCUAUCUGAACAGCUACGUCUCCAUCACUCUACUGCCCAGACAGGGCGCCCCCAUUGCAGAGGGCAGACUGUGUCGUGUGUCGGGCUGGGGAUACACAAAUCCCAGUGGAGGCCCGAUCCCCUCCACCCUCCGAACUGUAAUGCUCCCCAUUGUCUCCACAGAAAAAUGUAACAGCAGUGAGUCAUUUAGUGGCAACAUCACAGAAAACAUGCUGUGUGCUGGUUACAGUCUUGGUGGAAAAGAUGCCUGUCAGGGGGACUCGGGGGGUCCACUUGUUUGCGAUGGCCGGGUCUAUGGUGUCGUGUCCUGGGGGAAAGGUUGUGCUGAUGCUCAGUUUCCUGGAGUCUACACUGCUGUGUCCAAGUUCCGCAGGUGGAUAGACAACACCAUAUUUAGCUACUACAGCAGAUGCAACAAGAAUUAGAGCCCAGUGCAACUUUUCACUGUUGCCUUAUGUGACCUAAGUUAGGCUUGUUUUGCCCUUCAUGCACAUUUGAGUGUAUGCUCAUGUGUUAAAGGAAUAUUUAGAAAAAUAUUUGAUUUGCUUUCUUACUCAAAUUUGGAUGAAAAAGGGUGCCUUUAUAUGAGGCUACAGUGUGGGGCCUGUCAAAGGUAACAAAACAAACCUCCAAGCACUUUUAAGUCUUGCACGUCACUUGGUAAUAUUUCCAGCAGGUAAAAAGUUAAGAACAUUUUCAGUUUCUUCUCACUAUUGGCAACGAAGCAAAUCUGACAAUUUUCCAAAAUGUUCAACUAGUUCUUGAGCGGUUGUUACUUGACCUCAAGUAAAUGUUGUGUCAGUCAAAAGCUAGAAACAAUGGGCAACCGUUUUUGAGUUUUACAUUUAGUUUGCCAGCUGCUGAUCUAUUUUAGGCAACUCAUAAACAAUAGAAAUACAGUGGAAUCCACCAAUACUCUCAGGCAAAGCAGAACACGUUGAACACAUUUCCACAGCGUCACGAUUGAGGUGCCAAAUCCUUCAGAGUCUCGUGGAAAAGAGAACAACAGAAAAACAUAGUCAUGAUACCAUGUUUCAGUCAUGAUACAUCACAGUUUAUGUUCUAAAAUCCUUUAAGAAGUCAAGAAAGCUCACAGUCAUAUCCAGGACAAAUUACUCAUGUUUCACUAAAAUCUGAUCAAUAAUAUAGGAGGAGUAGCAACGUUGUGAAAAUGACAGUGCCUGUAAAAUUAUAAAAAUGACCUAAACCUUGGUUACACUUUGGGUGAAGACCAAUUAGGGGAUCAUUGUGUGCACUGUAAGUUUGAGUAUAUUCUGACAAAUACAGAGGUAGUAUCAACAAUUCUUGUGAACUCCGGUGAGAUAGACAGAUACUUUGUGGACACUUUGCUAUCACACAUGCUCAUCGGUCCUUUGGCUGGAUGAGCUCAAAACAUAUGAAAUGCUGUAAAUAAAGCAUGCUUACAUUUAACCGAGCAUAUUGUGGCUAUUACUGUAACAUCACAAGUCGUAUAGCUUGUUCAUGAGUCAUAGAAAAUAGAAACAACCGCAGGAACUGAGUUUACUGAGUCAAAAUGUAUAAGAAAAAACAACAUCAGUUCAAUGUGAGCAGAAAUCA